UGUGAUUCUGCUGAAAUUCCAACUUCAUUAGUUUUAGCCUUGAUAUACAUAUAUAUGUACUGGAAUAUUUUGUGCCCUUUUAUGUAAAAGUUCGACGAUGUAUGCAUCAGUGUAAAUUGGUAUCACAGUUCACUUGUGAAUUUGCUUAUAAGCUAAUGCAGCAACACUGCUUUAUAUAUAAAUAUACAUAUACAUGUGUACAUAUGUUUAUGUAUUUGCUCUACGUUUAAUGAAAUAGUCACCGGUUGAAAUAGAUUUAGUUAAACGAUGAUGUGACAUCUGAUUUUUUUAGAAACCAGCUUAUAAAUUGGUGAUAACAGAUAUUAUUGAGUGUUAACACCGAAAAAGAGUUGGGAGGCUAAAUACAAACCAUUUGGCAUCACUCGACUUUAAAAAAUGAAAUAACAAAAAAAUAGUGAUUUUAUUGAAAUUAAAGAUUAAAAACAUGUGAAGGUUUAGAAUCGUUUCGGUCGCGUGAAAUAACAUUUGGUAUUUGUGAAAAUGUAAUAACUCGUGAUUUGACCAACCUUUGUCCGACUGCGUGAACUCACCCACGGCCCCAGUGAUACGCAUUUGUUACAUUGAUUUUUGAAAAGAAGAUGAUUCAUGAAAGGUGGGCAUGAAAAAAAUGUACUUUGAGGCCUUUUGACUUACCGAAAUACGUCUAAAUUAAAUAUGUACCAAUUGUGGGUUAUUCAAAAGUGUAUUAGUUCCAACCGACACGAAGAACACACUUUAGUUCUAUAGCUUUGGAAUACACUUGGAAUGUUUCGAAAGGAAAUAUGAAAUGCAUCUUUACGAUAUAGAAGUCAAUUAGAAUGGCCAAAAGAAAAUGGUGCAAAGAAAAAAGAGGUGAAUUGAACAGAUGCUUUUUGGUUUUAAAAUAGGAGCAAUUUAACGAAUAGCCGCUUUCUUAUAAUGUUCUGCCGUCCAAACUGGCAAUGGCGAAAUAAGGAAGCGAAAAUAAGGGCUAGAGCAAAAUGGAAGCGAAAAGAACAACAAAAAGAUUGAAAUGCGAAAAUGAGUUACAAAUAAUACUAAAUAAAAUCGUAAAAUGAUAUUUUGAUUGCCAGUGAAGAUAUCUAAUGUUAAUCGAAAUAAUAAUUAUAGAAAGCGAUUCAAAUUGACGAUAAAGCUGCUAGAAAACCUGUGAGAAUUUUAUAACCGAUGCGCUAACGGAAUAUUGCAUCACACUUGCAGUGUUGUAUUUAAAAAUAUAGACAAUAAAAGUGAUGGCUCUUUGCAAAAGCUGAGAUCGAUGUAGUUUGUCCAACUAAUUCAUUAAAUAUCGAAAAUAAACAGAGGAAGACCACUAAAACUACCAUCGGCCUUUACUUAUUUUAAUAUAAGAAUAAAAUUUGGCUUGUUUCCGCAAAAGUAUUUCGGUGAUUAGCGAGCAUUUUUAACGGCCUAGUAUCUCGAACAUUUUCCAUUACGCACCAAAAGAAGUAAUUGGUGGAACUUGAAGGCGUCAACAACAGCUGUAUCAAUGAAUCUGCUGUGCUGCUGUUGCGGUAACAUGGCACCAAACACGAGGAUAACUCGCAAAUGGGAGCUAUUUGCUGGGCGCAAUAAGUUUUACUGCGAUGGAUUGUUGAUGUCCGCACCACACACAGGAGUUUUCUACUUAACUUGCAUUCUGAUUACGGGCACCAGCGCACUAUUUUUUGCAUUUGAUUGCCCGUUCCUUGCUACACGUAUAAAUCCUAUUAUUCCUAUUGUUGGUGCAGUGCUUUACUUCUUUACAAUGAGUUCCUUGCUACGAACAACCUUUACAGACCCUGGUGUUAUACCCCGUGCAUCUCACGACGAGGCUGCCUACAUAGAAAAACAAAUUGAAGUGCCAAAUUCGCUGAAUAGCCCUACAUAUCGGCCUCCGCCACGUACUAAAGAAGUCCUUGUUAAAGGGCAAACAGUGAAACUAAAAUAUUGUUUUACUUGUAAAAUUUUCAGACCCCCGCGAGCGUCUCAUUGUAGUUUAUGUGACAAUUGCGUUGAUCGCUUUGACCAUCAUUGUCCUUGGGUUGGCAACUGCGUGGGGAAGAGAAACUAUCGUUUUUUUUACUUAUUUCUAGUCUCGUUAGCAUUUUUAGCUGUAUUUAUAUUCUCAUGCUCUGUGACUCAUUUAGUUUUAUUGUUGAAAGCAGAACAUGAAGUAUUUGAGGUGAUAAAAAAGGCGCCAUUUACUGUGAUUGUUGUGUUCAUUUGCUUCUUUUCGAUUUGGUCAGUUAUUGGUUUGGCGGGGUUUCACACCUAUCUCACCACAAGCGAUCAAACUACAAAUGAAGAUCUUAAGGGAUCAUUUUCAUCGAAAGGCGGACAGCGCUCGAUAAACCCAUAUUCGCGCGGAAAUAUCUGUCUCAAUUGCUGCCAUAUACUUUGUGGACCAAUGACGCCAUCUUUAAUAGACCGCCGUGGAGUUGCGACAGAUGAUUAUAUUUUACAAAUGCAACAACAUACCAGUCCACGUCACCCCUUAAGCGACGUGAUGAGUGCUUCUCAUGUUGGUACAAGCAGUAUGGUUACGUCACAACCAGUGAUCGCCGGCGCAGGAGGCGGUAUUAGUAUUGGAGGCAAUGAUAUGAAGACCCGCCUGUACGAUGAGUCCAAUCCUUCUUCGGGGACUUUGGGAGGCAGUAAUGGAAUAUAUCGACCGCGAAGUUAUGAUAAUUUACAAAACGGAAACUCCAAUAGCCUUGCGCAUUUGGUUGACAACGAAAUUCCUCUUUCCCAGAUGGACAUACCCCAGACACAAACCGCGCAAAUGCAACGCCAAUUCCGGCACCAUAAAGAUCGUGCGCAAUCGAACACAACAUUGAAAGCCUCCGAAAGCAAUAAUAUUUUAAAUAAUUUCGACUCCAACGUAGCCACCAACGAAGAUAUUGUCGAAAUAGUCGGCAAAACCGAGGUUGUAGCCGCCGUGGCAGCGAUCGCUGCUACAAAUCAGGCUCGCGAACGCCAGAAUCGUUCAGACAGCUACAGCAACUUAUUUUAUGCGGAAAGUGGAUCUAUGAAUACGAACAGCCAUAUUUGCAAUAGCCCAACAUUACCGUCAAGUGUUUCGGCUAUUGAACGUUUAGAUAAAGAAUCGCCCGAUCUUCCAAUGGAAACAAAUGCGACAAGCCUCGCUGUGAACAUGGACAGCAAGGAUUCUAAAGAUUUUGCCGAAAACACUCAACAUUUACCAACAAGCGAAAAACAACAAACGAACUUGAUUAAACCCAUGCCCCAAAUAGAGAAUGUGUAUAGUAACGUCGCACAAAUUGAUGCGAAUGCAGUGAUGGCUAAACAUGAAGACGAACAUCGGAACGCUAGUUUACAUGUGUACUCCAACUUAAUGGAUGAACAGAAACAGCACGAACUGUCAUUACAAGUGACCCCACAACAUAAACAAACAUCCCAACAAAGUAUUAAUCCAACCAGUGUAAUGCUGUCAUCAGCAUUAUUAAACGACGAUCUCGACUUAGAUGAUCCAGUUAGUGCAUCAUUUGUUGCACACGAAAAUGUAGAUUCCACAUUUGUAUCUGGUAAUAAUAUUGGAAGUAGUAGCACUUUGAAUGGUCUGAACCGUUUGCGUAUGCUAAACCACACAACCAUGAUAAAUACUGCACUUGAUUUAGAUAGCUUAGAUGGAUCCAGCUUAGGCAACAACUCUCAAUCGUGCUUAGUUAAAGGGGCACCUCCGAUAUCCUAAGCCUAAAAAUGAACAAGCCACACAUACGAAUGCAUAUAAACUUCCAUAUGCUAUGUGUAUGUACAUACACACAUACCCACGUAAUUCUAAGAAUAAUUAACCUCCAAAAGAAGGCUCCACAGGCAGAUACCAGAUAUUUGUAUUCGGUACGUUUGUGCGUUUAUACGUUGUACGUCCAUAGCGGCUAUGAAUAGCGUAGCUUGGUACGUUGGCACAUGGUACUAUGCACCGCUUAGAGUUGAUCAGUUGACUUUCGUCACAUAAAAAAACUAACUGGCUUAUUUGUAUCUUUCCAACUGUAGUCGCCUAUUGACUAAUAAUAACAUAUAGCUAAACCAAUAUUAUUGAAUUAAUAGCUUCCAAAAUGUAUGUAUAACAUAAAAAAAACGUUUUCAGUCCUGGAUCAUUUUUUUUUAAAUGCUGCUUCGGAAUACGCAUAAGCUUUAAUAUACUCGACGCUAUUUUCAACUUUAAAUAAAUAUGUAACAUACAUUUUUUGUCGACUGUUAGAAGCUUAUGCCGAACUUUCUUGUAAGCAGCUGUAUUUCAUAAGCUGCUACACCUGUCUGCAAGAGAAAACUAUUUCAAUUUGAAGGCAUUGCACUUCACCUUCAGCCCUUCAUUACUUGCAUCAAAAUUAGUGCAAAACCAACUACAGAAGAGCCAAUUUAAAGUUAUUUAUAAAAUACUGUUUUGUAGUUUUAUUACGGAUGUUUUUGUCAGACAUCAAAGAGAUUUUUUGUGGCACGGUUUUAUGACAGGGAAUAAAUUUUGUAUUGCUUAAAUAAAGUGGGCGAAUUGGGAGUAUAAUAUUUAUUUUAUUAUAUUUUAUAUCUAUAUUAUAUAUAUUUUAAUAUAGAUUUUUAAUACUCUUAUAAUGGCAGUUACCCAUCUCUGCUAUAGACGUUUUGCGCAUGCGCAGGCUUAAUAUGCAUUGGUUUAAGUAAAUACUAUACAUUUUGCAUUGAAGCGAGUUUGACGUAUCUUCAAUGGCGGUUGAAAAUUAAUUUGAUCUGGAUGGAUAUCUGAUAAAAAAUUAGAACUAUGUUAGUUAUCUUAGUGCGUUGACUGCUUAGUAUUUCAUUGCUGAAUAAAUUUUCAAUAUUUAUGUUGCCGUCCAUUAUUUUAUUUGAAAAAAAGCCUAACUCUUGGACAAUUGUUUUCAUUAAAACUGAUUUUGCCGUUCCAACCGGGCAUUUGUUCAGUAAUUUUCUUAUGAGUUACAUGUUUCACGCGCUGUUUUUGAAUUUUGCACAUAAACGCAGUCCCUCGCUUGUUUGUAGUACAUAUAAGUCAAACAAAUAUUGCCAUUGAAUUAUUGCGUCCGAAUUACAAUAGAUUUUGAUAAAAGGUCAUCGUUUAAACCAUUUUUCAUCAACUUAAGAAUAUGAAAAUUUUUGGAAAUGUGUAGUCCUGGGGUCAAAUGUAAUUGAAUAAACAUUCGCGCCCACGCUUUUUAACAUAUACAAAGAUCCUUUCUGCAAAUUAGCAGAUUCUUCUUUUGACGAGUAUAAAUUGUGUGUUGAAGAAAAACUUCAUAUUUGAUUCGUCUACUUUUUAGAUCUUUUUAACCUUCGUGACACCAUCGCUUUCAUAUUUUCAGGAAUUCAGUUCUACAAGUUUAUACAUAUAUUAGAAAUUUGAAACUACUAGCUAUAUAUUUAAUACAAAACUUAAAACAAAUUUACCGUAAUUUCUUCUGUUUUUGCGUCCAUUAGGUUUCUCACAAAUAGCCACUGUUGUUAAGUAACUCGGCAAGUAAUUUAUUUUUUAUUAAGAAGAGCUUUUAAAAUUUUAAUUUUCGACGCGGCUGAAGUGUUUUUAGGUGUAGCAACAUCAGGACUACGAUUUUCCUCCCCAAACGUAAACAGGACAGAACCUCACAUCAGCUAUCGUUAAACCACUUUUGAGUUAUUUUAGCGGUAUGUUUGAGAUCAUUGACAUGCUGAAAUACAAUAUCUGAGGUUAUUGUAUUGAUUUUUUCAAGUCGCGGGAAGGUUCGUUGACGAAAUUUCGACGUCAUAGUUGACAGUCAUCUUGCCGACUAUUCGCUGUACAUUGCCAACUCCCCCACAUCACAGCGCUACCGCAGGCCACGGCAACGUACGAAUCAUUUUUUGUCUCUAAAAUAUAUAAAUAUUUACUCACCAGCUCCUAAGUAUUCACAAGACCACUUUUUUUAAUAAAUUUUGUUUAGUUUGCUUUUGCCAAUGUCGUAAUGUUGCAGAAUAACAAAACAAAAGGAAUUUAUUACAUUCACCUUUUGCUUUUUUUUUGUUUACACUUCUGUUGUGUAAAAAGUUCAUGGCGAUAUCUAUUAGAAGUAUCUCAUUAGAUGAAAAUGUGGCUUUACUUUUGCCGAAUUUUUUGUUUUUGAGUUACGACGUUCUUCCCGACAAGCGCGCGAUAUGUAGAAUAUACUUUAUUAGGGCGUUCGUGAUUCUGUGCUUUAAUAUGACGUCGUACCUGUGUUGUUUGCAUUAUAUAUAAGUAUAUAAACUUUAAUAUAAUUGGAGUUUAUACCCUUUUGUUGGGUUAGACCGUUAUUCUGUUAUGCAUUUAAAAAAUGCAAUUGACCAAAAGCCGUAAUUAGAAUUACAUAUUUGCAGUUGAGUCUUCCAAUUUAUUUUGAUAACAAAGCCUGUUAAAUAAAUGUAAGCUUGGUUAUGUAAAAUACUAAUUUGUUGCUUUAUAAUUCCUAUUGAACAUUUAAACGAACAGAUUUUCGGCAAAGGCAGCUCUGUAUAAACGAUAUUUUAGAAUUUUAAAGACAAUUCGUUUCAAUAAACCUCAGUAUAAAAGAGCUUUUUCAGGUUAGGCUAUUCCGAAUCACAUUUGAGGAUCUGCUGUAGUCAAAUUACUCAGAUUUUUAUGGCGUAAAGCACAAAUCAUCGCAGAUAUUCCAUGUAUAGUUUUGCACUUCAUUGAAUUCUUAUUUCACUUUUGAUAUAUGUAUAAAAGUUUGGUGGAGUAUUUUAAAUUUAAGAAUAUUUUUGUUCCGUACCACAGUUGAUGAUUGGAUUGUAGAACAAUAAAAUACCUUCUAUGAAACUAUGUACGCACAAAAAAAACCAAGGAUAUGGAAUAUUACCAACGGCACCAUCUACCAGCUACGGCCACUCUCCCAAAAGAAAAAAAGUAAAACCAACCAUAAUAACAUUGUAGGAACGCUAAACUGGCACAUAAUUUCGGGAUUUUCAUUUCGAUUUUAAAUUUGCGUUUUCAUGAUUCCAUAAUAAUAAGUGAGUCACGAUAUUUUUUUACGUACAGUGUAAUAAUAAAUAAUAAAGAACUAUUUGUCCUUGCCGUACUGCACCACACAAUUAAGUUGAGAGCUUGAUUGUAAAUGGUACGGUUGAGUGCAAAAUACCGCUUUUUUUUAUAGUCGUGCUUUGCUAUCACUAUUAUUAAUAAAUCUGUAGCGCUAAUAUCUCUAUGAGAAAAUUUGGGCUUUGGGAACGCAAUAUAAUUUCCCAAAGAAGUACAAAUGGCAAAGAGUUUCGCAAAAUUGAUACCUUCACAAUUAACGGAGAAGGAUUAUUGUAAAUAUCAUAUAAUCUGUGGUAGCGGUUUAGAUGUACAUGUUUGUAGCUGUAUCCAACUGAUGCAACCACGUUUCCUUUAGGUUAUUCAUUAAGGUGUAUGAUUCAACAAAUUAAAUGUAUGAAUUAGUCGUACUUAUUUAUUAAAUCAUAUUAAAUUUAUGUACAUUUUAAGUAAUUCAACUAACAAGUUAACAAUGUUACAUAACAAAUUAUAAUAACUAAGAGGUUAAAUGGCUGUGCCUCAAAUGCGAACAAUGCGAACCUUAAGUGAAGAACUUCGCUAAAUUAAGUUGAAUUGCUUGUGCUCGUCGUGGUUCAUGUUGUACCAUUUUGUAAUUGCAUUUUAGUUUAAUUACUUUUAGACGAUAAGGCUUAGAAAACAUUCGUAAAUCCGCAAUCCGCAAUCCGUAGAUCCGGAAAAUGCCAUUAAUAUAUGGAAGUUAUGUGGAAUUAUUUAAGAUUUUAUAUCGAACAACAAAAGUUAUCUAAGAUUGUAAAUAAUGAAACAAAUAUUAUAUGAUAAACUAAAUAAUAAAUCAACCUGAUUAGUUAUAAACGUUACGAUUACUACUAUUGAGAUGUUAUCAUGUUAGAAUUGCAGAGCAAAAUAUUACAUAAAUUCGUUACUGUGACUAGGGGAGAAUGUGAAAACUAUAAAUGAAUAAAGCAACGAAAAUACACAAAA